GCAUAGUUUAAAAUGUAACUUCCUGGUAAGAAAGAACAUUAAUGCAGAGCUAAAGGGGAGAGUGUCUCUGAGUGUCUUUGAAGAGUUGUUUGAACCUUUGGAAAUGGCAAGAUUUUUUGCCCUAGGACCCUUAGUUUUGAUCCUACGCAUGGUCUUAUAUGUCAGUGCUGACCAAUCCACCAACCCCACACCACCCACUGCUUACACCCAUGCAUUACCUACCACUGCAGGGAGUGCUUCUAAUCAGAAAGAAACCCAGAGAAGUACAUCAAUCUCACCCAGACGCACCGCUAUACAACAACAAAACACAGAAACCACAGCGAGCGCUUCUAAUCAGGAAGAAACUCAGACAAGCACAUCAAUCUCACCCACACGCACUGCUAUUCAACAACAAAAGCCAGACAACACAGAGAGCACUUCAGAUCAGAAAGAAACUCAGACAAGCACAUCAAUCUCACCCACACACACCACUAUACAGCAAAAAAACUCAGAGACCACAGUCCAUCAGUCAAACUCCUCCACUCCCAUCACUUCAACAAACACAUCAGCAGACACCAGCACCAAAGUCCCUCAGUCAAAUAUCUCCACUCUCAUCACUUCAUCAAACACAUCUGCAGACAUCAUCAAAGAAACAGCCCCCUCACCCCCACGCACUCCUACACAAACCUCACUAUCAACAGAUAAAGACACUCUACCAGGUUCAAGUAAUGACUCCAUCACCUCACCUCCAAACACGACCAUCACAUCUCUCACCUCCACACAAACCACCUCAACCUUACACACAUCCACCAGCAUCACGGAAACAGCCCCCUCACCCUCACACACUCAAACACAAACCUCACUAUCACCAGAUCUAGACACUCAACCAGGUUCAAGUAAUGACUCCAUCACCUCACCUCCAAACACUCUCAUCACAUCUCUCACAUCCACACAACCCACCUCAACCUUACACACAUCCACCAGCAUCACGGGUACAACAGAAGAACCAUGUCAGUACAGCGUUUUGGAGAGUGUGAAAGAAAAGGAAGCUCAUGUCGUGAAUAUCAACGGCUCUAAGGACCAAAUUUACACAAUCAGGAUAAAGGAGAAGCACAAUGAGAUUCGUGCUGAGCAAAUAUCUAACCAAACUGCCUUUAAAAUUCCUUUUGAAUGGUUAAAACCAUGCACUGUGUACACCGUCAGUGUGGAUGACUGUAAACUCAGUGGAAACAACACCUUUACUUCCAGUAAAAAUGGAGAAACUGUUCCAAAAACUGUUGUGACAAGCGUGACAGAUAAUGAAGUGUGUUUGAAAGGAGAAUUGACUGGUAUUCAAUGGGAUCUGACUGAAUGUGUUGAAAUAACGGAGCAAAACUCUUGUGCAUCCACACACACCGUUGUACUGGACACAUGUAACUACACAAUGAAUGUUGCUCUGCCCCCAGUCAAGCUUCACAUAAACUUCAAGGAAACUAUUCCCUCUCAGUUUGAAUGGAUGAAUAAACCAGAACGAUGUAAUGCUGCACUGCUUAACAUCAACUGCACCAAUAAUGAGAACAAAAAUGGCACAGUUUAUGGUUUAAAUACCCCAGUGUUAUUAUUACCAAACACAAAUUACACCUGCACUGGAGAAUAUCCUCUUGAGAAACAACCCAUCAAGAGUCAUGAGCUCGACAUUCAGAUCAAAUGUGAUUGGAAAAAGAAUGGGCGAUUUCAGCAGAGAACCAACAUAUCAUUGGAAAUCUCCUGGACUUCACUCGAGGGAGAUCGAUGCUCAGGGAUUGAAUGGGACAGUUAUUCAGCCAGCUGCAAAACCCCUGACAGACAUGGAAACAAUCAUCGUGUGAGCUGUACACAAGACAGUGGCACUAGUACAGUCUGUAGCAUUACUGGAUUAUUGCCAUAUACAGACUAUGAAUGCAGUAUUAUUGGAAAAGUCAACCAAAAAGAUUAUGUCAUUUACACUGGUAACAGUACAACGCUUUCUGGCAAGCCCGUUUUCAAAACAAAAACUAAAGUAACUUUUCCUUCUCAGAAUUCUCUUGAAAUAAAUUGUGAAAAAAUGGAAAGAGAUCUAAUCUGGAAUGGAGGAAAGGGAACAUUCACAGCUGAAAUCAGAUACAGCGGAUACACUAAAACUUCAGGUCCACAGAACAAAUGCUUGUUUAGAUUUUCAGAUCUUUACUCCCUUGCAACAUAUGAUGUUAAGAUUACAGCCAUGAAUACAGAAGGACAUUCAGCUGAAACUACUACUAAAUGUCAUAACAAACUUACAAAGAACGGAGACAAAACAACUGACCAAGAGUGCAACGUUAUGGAGAAAUACUGUUUAAACCAGUAUACCAUCAUUACAGAAUGACCUGAUAUCCAAAGGAAGCACAACUUUUACUCUUACAACAUUUUUCUCAGAUAUGAAGGCCAUUAACAAUUUACUUUGAAAAACUUGAACUCUGACAAUUAAAUAAAUAAAUAAAUGCCAGUAAAAUUUUUUGAAGAGUAAGAUUUGUAAUGUUUCUGAAACAAUUCUCUUCUGCUCACCAAGCCUGCUUUUCUUUGAACUGAUCCAAAGUACAGUGGAAACGUUUACCAUUUAAAUAUGUCUUCUAUUUUAAUAUAUUUUAAAAAGUAAUUAAUUCCUGUGAUUUU